AUGGAAAUCGUGAAUCCCGAAGAGUACGAGGCGUCCCAUGUUCAUCGAGUGUAUGAGAAUAUCGCACCUCAUUUCUCCGCUACCCGUUUCAAGCCCUGGCCGAUUGUGGAGAGGUUUCUCUGUGAUCUGCCGAUCGGUGCUGUGGGUUUGGACGUAGGGUGCGGAAACGGGAAGUACUUGAUGGUCAAUCCGAAUGUCUUCAUAGUUGGUUCAGACAGGUCGCCAUCUCUUAUUGGGAUAGCUCAUGGCCGGGAAAUACAGGAUUCAAUUGUGGCUGAUGCUUUGGAUCUCCCGCACCCCGACUCUCGUUUUGACUUCGCUAUCAGUAUAGCGGUCAUACACCAUUUCUCCUCGCUGGAGAGAAGACGUCACGCGCUCAAGAGCAUCCUUGCUACCUUGAAGGCGCCCAACAAUAACACUAAUGGUGGGAGGGCUCUUAUCUACGUAUGGGCCUUAGAGCAAAAGAAUUCCAGGAGAGGCUGGGAUGAGGGGGAUCGGCAAGACGUCUUUGUGCCCUGGGUUAUGUCCAAGCAGUUCUCCAGUGCGAAGGCCGAAGGCAGCCAUCAGAAUCCUCAAAAGCUCACGUAUCUGCGAUAUUAUCAUCUCUAUCGUAAGGGAGAAUUGGAAACUGACAUCGCCCGUGCCGGAGGCAAGCUCCUAGAAUCAGGUUAUGAGAAAGACAAUUGGUGGGCAAUAUGCAGUCCUGCCAGGUGA